GAAUUCUCUGAAGACCGAUUUGUGUCUUGAUCAAGGGCCAGAUACAGAGAAUGUUCCCAUCAUGUACAUCUGCCAUGGGAUGACACCCCAGAACGUGUACUACACGAGCAGUCAGCAGAUCCACGUGGGCGUCCUGAGCCCCACGGUUGAUGACGACGACAACCGAUGCCUGGUGGACGUCAACAGCCGGCCACGGCUCAUCGAGUGCGGUUAUGCCAAAGCCAAGAGGAUGAAGCUUCACUGGCAGUUCUCCCAGGGAGGCUCCAUCCAGAACCGCAAGUCCAAGCGCUGCCUGGAGCUGCAGGAGAACAGCGACAUGGAGUUCGGCUUCCAGCUGGUGCUGCAGAAGUGCUCGGGCCAGCACUGGAGCAUCACCAACGUCCUGAGGAGCCUGGAGUCCUGACCCCGCCCAAGCCACUGCCGGCCCACCCCUUUGCUACUGUGUAGCACCUGCCGAAACGUUGCCUGCUGUCUGUGUGGGGUUGUUUGGAGUCUGGGGGAACCAGGUUCAUGAGCCCCCAAAAAGAGCUUUUUAUUUCCUAUUCAAUUUUCAUGGAGUUUAUAGAAAGAUGCUGAAUGGUGGAUGAGGGUGUAAUAUCAUAAACUAUUUUGCAACUGUAAAUAGGGGACAAAUGGAAAAUAUUUAUAACUGAUAAUAAAAUACAAUUGAUUAAGAAAAGAA